AUGGAUCCCACAGGCAACUUCGAAAAGAGACAUUCGUCGGAAGCUUCUCGACUUAUGGAUAAGGUUGGCAACUACCCACGAGGCGUGUGGUCUUGGCUCCCUGGUCGCUUCUUUGGAACUUCCAACUACACAGCUGUGGAUGAUCCGGGCGAGCCAGAAGACAACGCUGCCUCCCUGGCGCUGGAACUGAGAAAAAGGACAACAUCUUUGCGGAGAUGGCGCUGUAUCUCAGCUGUUUUGACAGCUGCUCUUGUCCUUACUUGGGCUUUCGUCCCCGCGUCAACAACGGAACCUACGCCAGCACGAUACCCUCAGCCCGAUGAAGGAACCGACAAUAUCCUGAAGUGGAUGAAAGAGGCCGAGACGGCCGACGGACACUACUGGUGCGGUCCAACAACCGAGGAGGCCAAGAAGCGAGGCUGCACUUUCAACAAACUGCACAACAGAUGGAUGUCACCGCACUGCGCGGCGGACUUUGAGCCUGCCCGAGAUGCCGUCUUCGAAGCACUAGAUGGUGACGUGCCGGAAUUUGUUUUCUACAAUGACGAAGAUGGAAAGCCUGGGGCCAAAUUCAGCGAGGAGGAAUUGAACAACCUCGAUAUCUUGACUCCGGCAUGGACUACGGUCGGGCAUCACAUGACGCACUGCAUGUAUCUGCUUCUCCAAGCUGCCGCCUCGCUGAAUCUUGGGACGAAGGCAGACAUGGUCGUUCACGCAUGGGAGCAUGCUGGUCAUUGUGCGAGCGUCAUCAUGAAUAUAACCAAGACGGCACCAGGAUGGCAAGAUGUCGCAAGUUUUGGACAUACUCAAUCCGGCGUCUGCUGGUAA